AUGGAGGAGACUGGUCCACCCGGUGGCUGCAGGUGGAGGGGACUUGUGAAGAGGGAAUCCUUCCAGGGCGCUCCGUUUCGCUGGAAAGCGAGGUUAUGCAUAAACGAAGCCGCAGAGCCUGGGGUUGUGCGCGCCAUCGUAGAAGAGCUCUUCCUCUGCAGGUGGUUGGCGGUUCUGCAGAGGAGGGAGCCCUUUGCUUUGCCUUGUGCAAGCGCGUGUGUGGAGAACCGCGUGGACGCGGUGCAGAGCGGCGGGGCCAGCGAUGCAGAGUCGAGCGCGGACACUUUGUGUGAUUCGGGCCUUAUGCCCAUUGGGGUGGCGGCGGACCGUUUUCGCGAGCUGGGCUACCCCGUUCUCUCGGUCGAGAUCAUGUGGGACCGUGAAUCGGACGAGAAGAAAGUCAACCUCCCGGGCGCCUGGCAGACAUCCACGCUAACCAAACCAUCAAAAGACCCCAAAGUUGAGAGCCCCCUCCUACCUGAAAGCGCACCUGAAGAGAGUGAAUCAUUGGACAGCAUUUUUGAAGACGUCUGCAACCACAUCCUGCCCGGCGUCACCCACUGGCAGAGCCCCAACUGA